AUGGUCCUUAAACCAGGUAUUAGUACUUUUGGCAGCGUGCCUGCCAUUUUCCUGCUGGAAAAUAAAAUCACCGUCUCCAUAAAGCUGGCUUUAGCUUCUGGACGUCAGUCUCCUUCAUUAAUCAGACCAGAUUUUCAGACAUCCAGCAUCAGUGUCCCUCAACAUCUCUCAUUUGAUGGAGUGAGGAAUUCUCUCUCAGAUCUGAAGAAGAGACUCGAGAAAUUCUGUGAGGAGGAAUUCAACAAAAUCCCUCCACAUGCUGCAGCAGUUCAGAUCUUUUCACCACCAGAGCCACAGAGCAGAGAAGAGUUUCUGAAAUGUUAUCUGACUCUGGAUCCCAACACGACACAUCGUAACCUCAUUCUGUCUGAGAAGAACAGAGUGAUGAGAUACAGUGAGAGAGAGCAACAGUACUCUGAUCAUCCAGAGAGAUUUGAUUACAACAGGCAGGUGUUGUGUAAGGAGAGUGUGUGUGGACGCUGUUACUGGGAGGUGGAGUGGAGCGGUGUUGUGUACAUAUCAGUCUCAUAUAAAGACAUCAGCAGGAAAGGACAGGGUGAUGAGUGUGGAUUUGGAUUCAACAAUCAGUCCUGGAGUCUGCGGUGUCGUUCUUCUUCUCUCUCUUUCUAUCACAACAACAUUAAGACUGAUCUCAGAGCUCCAUCAUCCUCCAGAAUAGGAGUGUAUGUGGAUCACAGUGCAGGAACUCUGUCCUUCUACAGCGUCUCUGACACGAUGAAGCUCCUCCACAGAGUCCACACCACAUUCACUCAGCCUCUGUACGCUGGGUUUAGACCCUACUGGUGUUCUGACUCUACUGUGAGAUUGUGUGAUCCAGAAUAAAGUGUGUAGUGUUUUGUGUAAAAUUCCUGCACAUUGUCACAUUGUUGCUCAGUCAUCUGUCUCACUAACACACAAUCCAGCUGCACAAACAGCUCAGUAAUUUAACACAGUGACAAUUAAAGAGUAAAUAUUAACACUGAAUAUAGUUUAAUAAAAAUAAACAGAUGUAUUAUUAAAUGUAUUAAAUGUAUUAUUAUAAAGUUGUAUCUGUGUGAAGAGCCGUGGUGA